UCGCGCCAGUGGGGGCGCAGCUGGGCGGGGAAGUGCCGGGCGAGAGCGCGCAGAAGUUGGGGGGAAAGACGGUCCCGUCAUGGCUGACCAAGCCCUGAGCUUCCUCAAGGACUUUUUGGCCGGGGGCAUCGCCGCUGCCAUUUCCAAGACGGCCGUGGCCCCCAUCGAAAGGGUGAAGUUGCUGCUGCAGGUUCAGCAUGCCAGCCAACAAAUCACAGCUGAAAAACAGUACAAGGGGAUCAUGGACUGCGUGGUACGAAUCCCCAAGGAGCAGGGCAUCAUUUCGUUCUGGAGAGGCAACUUGGCCAAUGUCAUCCGGUACUUCCCCACCCAGGCCCUCAACUUUGCCUUCAAGGACAAGUACAAGCAGAUCUUCCUUGGGGGCGUGGACAGGCACAAGCAGUUCUGGCGCUACUUUGCAGGCAACCUGGCCUCUGGGGGCGCUGCUGGAGCCACUUCCCUCUGCUUCGUGUACCCUCUGGAUUUUGCCAGGACCAGGCUAGCAGCCGAUGUCGGAAAAGGGAUGAACGAGAGGCAGUUCACGGGGCUGGGCAACUGUAUUGCCAAGAUCUACAAAUCUGACGGCCUCAAAGGUCUCUACCAGGGAUUCAACGUGUCGGUCCAGGGCAUCAUUAUCUACAGAGCGGCUUAUUUUGGUGUCUAUGACACGGCUAAGGGUAUGCUGCCCGAUCCGAAGAACGUGCACAUCAUUGUGAGUUGGAUGAUCGCCCAGUCCGUCACCGCCGUAGCAGGGUUGGUGUCUUAUCCCUUUGACACCGUCCGGCGUAGGAUGAUGAUGCAGUCUGGCAGGAAAGGAGCCGACAUUAUGUACAAGGGCACAAUUGAUUGCUGGAAGAAGAUCGCGAAAGAUGAAGGAGGCAAAGCUUUCUUCAAAGGUGCCUGGUCCAAUGUGUUGAGGGGCAUGGGAGGUGCUUUUGUAUUAGUCUUGUACGAUGAGAUCAAGAAAUAUGUCUAAGAGAAACCGCUCCGUCCAAUCAUUGUGUUUUGUAAUUUAUUUUCAUGUGGUUUAAUGGGCAGCUCAUUGGAGAUGGCUGUCAUAGGUCAAAUCCAGAAAUCAGAUGGCUGCAUUGUAAGAUAGGCAAUGGUUCUCCACUGGAUCGGUUAAAAAUUUUAUAUGGAAAAUAUAAGAGACCUAUGUAUAUAAAUAUAUUUGACAAACAUCAGUAAUAUGUUCCUGUAUUUUAAAGUGCGUUUCUUGAUGACUGCUUGUGGCACCAUACCUAAACUAAAAAUAUGAAUUCAAUAAAUAUUGAUUAAAACGGU